AUGUCCCUGGACGCGCCGGCGUCAGACUCGGCGGCGUUGUUCUCGGAUGACAGCGAGGUGGAGGGCGCGGAGGAAGGUGCGGCGACCGAGAGGGAGGAGCCUGUCAGCGGCGUGUCAGGAGCGCGUGCGGUGCUGACGGUGUUGAUCCUGAGUUACAUCAACCUGCUCAACUACAUGGACAGGUUCACCGUGGCAGGCGUUCUUCCCGACAUCGAGCAUUACUUCGCAAUCGACGACGGCAAAUCGGGUCUGCUCCAAACGGUCUUCAUCUGCAGCUACAUGUUCCUGGCGCCGCUCUUUGGUUACCUUGGCGACAGGUACAACAGGAAGUGGAUCAUGAGCGCCGGCAUCACCUUCUGGUCUCUGGUGACGCUGGCCAGCUCCUACACGCCCAGGGAGCACUUCUGGGCGCUACUGCUGACCCGCGGCCUGGUGGGCGUGGGCGAGGCCAGCUACUCCACCAUCGCCCCCACCAUCAUCGCCGACCUCUACGUCAAGGAGACCAGGACCAACAUGCUGUCCAUCUUUUACUUCGCCAUCCCGGUGGGCAGCGGUCUGGGCUACAUCGUGGGCUCGCAAGUCAGCAACCUGAUGCAGGACUGGCACUGGGCGCUGCGGGUGACGCCGGUCUUGGGUCUGGUGGCGGUGCUGCUGCUGCUCUUGGUGGUCCAGGAGCCCAAGCGAGGCGCCAUCGAAGCCCGGGCCCACCACGACCUCCAGCGGAGCAGCUGGCUGAUGGACCUGCGGGCGCUGAGCGGCAACACCAGCUUCAUCCUGUCCACCCUGGGCUUCACGGCCGUGGCCUUCGUCACCGGCUCGCUGGCUCUGUGGGCGCCGACCUUCCUCUUCAGGGCGGCCGUGUUCACGGGCGAGCGAGCGCCCUGCGUGGAGGGCCACUGCCCGUCGUCUGACAGUCUCGUGUUUGGCGCCGUCACAUGCGUCACGGGCGUGCUGGGCGUGGCCAGCGGCGUGCAGGCCAGUCGGCUGCUCAGGACCAGGACGCCCCGAGCCGAUCCGCUGGUCUGUGCCGCCGGCCUGCUGCUGUCGGCGCCCUUCCUCUACCUGGCCAUCGUGUUUGCGGAGGCCAGCACCGUCGCCACCUACGUCUUCAUUUUCCUGGGAGAGAGCUUCCUGUCCAUGAACUGGGCCAUCGUGGCUGACAUUCUUCUGUACGUGGUCGUUCCCACGCGGCGCUCCACCGCAGAAGCCCUGCAGAUCGUCAUCUCGCAUCUUCUGGGAGAUGCGGGAAGUCCUUAUCUGAUAGGAGUGGUGUCUGACGCGCUGAGUCGGAACGAUUCCUUCCUGUGGCACUUCCGCUCUCUGCAGCUGGCUCUGCUGCUCUGCUGCUUUGUGGCCGUGGGGGGCGGAGCUUUCUUCCUGGCCACCGCCCUCUUCAUCGAAAGAGAUCGCCAUCGAGCGGAGAAAUUGCUCCCGACAGACGACCAGCCCAUCCUGGUGCCGAAAAGCGGGCGCUCCGCUCGGGUCCCCGUCUCCAGUGUUCUGAUUUGAUGCACAUUGGGACGACGUGGCGGCCAUUUUUCCCUUUCCGCUUUUCUUUUGUUUUUAUCUUUUCCUUGGAGCCUCACGUCACUUUUUAUCCACCGUCUUUUAUCUCACAACUUCCUGUCUUGUCCCCUUGUCCCCUUGUCCCCUUGUCCCCUUUAGCCAAUAAACAUCAGCCAAUUCUCCUCGCGCCUUCCUGUACUCACACACGCUACACUGGACUAGUAUACACCCUACACUAGACUAGUAUACACCCUACACUG